CAUCAAUGCUUUCAUUCAACCCAGAAAGCGAAGAAUGAUGGACAGGCUCUGCGACGACACGGCGCCGCAUGUCUGUCCCAGCCACCUCUUCGAUCCUCAUGGCAUUUGGCAUUCUCCCGACGCCCGCUCCACCAGCCAGCCAGCCAGUCAGUCAUGCCGAUUGUCACGGUUCUGGCGGGUCCCGGGGCUAUUCUGACAAGCGCCCACACCAAGCCACGGGCAAGACACCAAGACACCAAGACGAUGCGGCGAGCGGUGAGGAGGACUCGAUGUGCUGUCGAUGCCGCGAUCACGCUUCGUUGUGCUUACUCGUGCCGAGGCGCGAACUGAGCGUCGUGUACGUCAUGCAUGGAUGGGUGCCGGGUGCGAGUACGAGCAUCUGAUGCGGACGGAGUAAAGAGGCGUGGAGGGCGGAUGUGUAUGUGUGUAG